AUGGACAUGGCCGAGAACCGUGCAGUAGCGCCCGCCUGGCCGGGCCACCCCAGCCCAGUUCUCUCGACGCCUCCAACACCGGGUGCCCUGACUCCGACCCCCAUUCCCGACACCAUGCCGCACACGGCGGCCGCCCAAGAAGCAGGGAGCUUGAAAUCACGCACGCUGCAAGGCCCCUCGGCAAAAGAAUGGGCAAGAUACCGCGAGACCAUCAUCGGCCUCUACAGGCAGUACCCGUUGAAGCGCUUCACCAUGACCUUGAUCCGGCUCGCUGAUUCCCGCGACAGCAAGCGCAUGUAUGACAAGCGAUUUCGGGAGUGGAACGUCUUCAAGAAUGUCAACAGCGACGAGAGGGCCCGGGCCGCUCGGCAAGUCCAGGACCCUGCAGCGCCCCCGGAUCAGCGAGGCGACGACAGGAACUUCAGUCAGGAAGACCUGCGCAGGACCCUACGAUGUGCCAGGAGCAUCCAGCAAGGAGUACGGCGACCACCAGGGGCGGCGGCCUGUCCCGUCACACCCGUCGAGACCCAAAACACAGUUUCCCAACAGCCCUGCCGGCAACCCAGACGCAGCAUCAGCAUCUCGGACCUGAUCAAACAGGAAGAUGCCCCUCAGGAGAUCACCGCGCCAGCCUUUUCCGGUCACAAGACUCCCUCACAAGUGGCGUUCUCACCACCGAAUACCCCAGGUACAUCCAUGUCAGACCCAGCUUCCCCGGAUGACAGCGUUCAGAAGCAAGGCAACUCUUCUGCCCUCAUCAGCUCCGGCUCCCGGGACCCUGGAUUGGCCGCUUAUCAGGCUCAGAUCAGAAACCUGUUCAAGCUUCCUCUUCGUUCCAUCUCCCCAGACUCACAAACACGAACCAUGAGCAUCAUCACGCUGAAGCUCCGUGAAUAUUACGACUGGCAGCUGAGCAACAUACCGGAGGGCGUGCUCCCGGAUGAAUACCUCGGACAGAGAUCCUCUGACGAGUCUACAAAGUACUGGAACACCAUCAAGGAUGCCAUUUACCUGGUCAAACUCGCAGCCAGUUUUGUGGAAGCUCCUGACCUCGACAACCGCCCUGACUGGCGGGCGUGGUCUGCAUUUGCCGACGCCGGUUGCCAUGCGGCUGGGGCCAUGACCACUCAACCAUUCGACUUCCUGCGGAACCUAUUCGCUACGCUCUCCCCAGCAAACACCAGCGCCCGCCCAGAGCUUCGAGGUAUUCUCCUCCGCUUCCUCACCAGUGAGGCCCAAAGCAGGCUCUCGUCCAACCAUCCCAUCACUCAGAUUACAAAAGAACUGCAGAACGACCAAGAUUGCCAAGAAAUAUCGCAGCGCAGCCUACAGUGCAUGCUCGACAUCUUCAACAGCCGGCUCGGGCGAUCGAGAGCUAUUACUUUUAAACUCCUCGACUCUCUCGCCACGCUUCUCCGCCGAAGCGGGCAGUAUCAGGCGGGUCUGGAGAUCGUCACGGAGCUUCUCAACAUCUCCCGUCCGGUAUUUGGAUCGGACUCUGAUCAGGUGCGCUCAGUAGAGAACGAGCUCGCUCACUUUUACAUGCUGGCCAAUGAGGAUGAUCUCGCACUCGGACAUUGCAUGUCUGUAGUCACGAGACCGCCUUCCUCGGCUUCAGAGUCCCAGAUGCAGACCACCUUCUACCAGGAUGGCAUUGCCGCGCACGCGAUGGAGGACAUCGCCGAGAUACACCAGCGCCGCGGCGACUUGGAACAGUGCAUCACCUGGCUGGAGCGCGCCUCUUCGAUAGCGCUGGUGGUUUGGGGACCCAAGGCUGUCGCCACUGGCCAUUUGAUUGACAAGAUGACGAACCUGCAGCGGCAGUUUGGCAAGGACUUGUUGAAGAGCGCCACGAUGUGGGAAGCUGCGAUAAUCUAG